AUGCCAGAUAAACAUAAAUUAAAGUUGUUUGGUAAACACAAGCACGAUAAAGAAGAUGAACUAGAUUCAUCCAACCAAGCUCAUAAUCGAAAAUUCUUGGGUUUCCAUAUAGGUAAACAUGAAUCCUGUGAUUCUUUGACUUCCCCUACAAUGACUAAUUCAUCUGAUCACCACCACCACAAUCAAUCCCAUAGUGUUCAACAUAGUCGUAAUCCAUCCCCAAGUCAGGCUCACACCACGACUUCCAUGUCGAUACAGUCACCUCAACCACAUGGUCAUAAUGCAUUAAACAAACAAGAUUCAGACCUGUCUCUUAAAAAGCCGGCUGGAUCAAUGGCAGAUUUAAAGAAGUUCUUUAAAACGAAGAAAACAUCAAACCCAAGAAAAGAUGGUCAUAAUAUUUUAGGUUUAUACAGUAACCAAUUGCAUUCUCCUCCUCCAAUGGCACAUAGUAAUUCUGGUGGAGCAAGUAGCAACGUUAGUGGCUUACACUCUCGAGAUCAGUCAUCAACAUCUUUGGCUAAUUUGAUCAAUCAAACUUCCAGUCAGUUGUUAUAUAAUGCAUCACAUUCAACCAAUAACAAUCGAGAUCCGUUUACUGACGACAACUCCCCAUGGGUUAAGAAGUAUGGUAAAGUUGGUAAAGAAUUAGGUAGCGGUGCAGGUGGAUCUGUCAAGUUGGUUACUAGACCAAGUGAUUCUAAAACUUUUGCCGUUAAAGAGUUUAGACCAAAGAGAUCAUCUGAAUCUUUGAAAGACUACACCAGAAAAUGUACUGCUGAAUACUGCAUUGGGUCAACUUUAGUACAUCCAAAUAUUAUCAAGACCAUGGAUAUUAUCCAUGAAAACAACCGUUAUUUUGAAGUUAUGGAGUAUGCUCCAAUUGAUUUCUUUGCUGUUGUUAUGAGUGGAGAAAUGUCGCGUACGGAGAUAAACUGUUGUUUUAAACAAAUCAUUGAGGGUGUAACAUAUUUGCAUACUUUAGGUUUGGCUCAUCGUGAUUUGAAAUUGGAUAACUGUGUUAUCACCAAGGAAGGUAUUUUGAAGAUUAUCGAUUUUGGAAGUGCGGUCAUUUUCAAAUAUCCAUAUGAACAAACUGGUAAUUCUAAAGAUGUUAUUCAUCUAUGUCAUGGUAUUGUUGGUUCAGAUCCUUAUUUGGCUCCUGAAGUGUUGAAAUCACCAAAUAGUUACAAUCCACAACCAGUUGAUAUUUGGUCUAUUGCCAUAAUAUACUGUUGUAUGACGUUGAAGAGAUUCCCUUGGAAAAUUCCAAACGCAGAAAAGGAUAACAGUUUCAAACUUUAUUGUAUGUUUGAUGAUAAUUUCCAUGAUUAUUAUUUGAGUAAUGAAUGUCAUAAGUUAUUGUUACAGCAACGUAAAUUGAAGAAUACCAUUGUCAGACUGAACAAGAGAAAGAAGCAACUAGAGGAAGAAAGUGAACUUGAAGCUGAACAUAAUGAUGAUAAUAAUAAUAAUAAUAGUAAUACUAUGGAUGGUGAACAGCAAGAUGAAGAAAUGAAAGAUGCUGAACAAACUCAAACUCCAACUCCUAACGCAACACCUGCUCCUGAACCAGGUUCUACAAAGGACAAUAAAUCCAACGAGGCAGUUCCAGUAUUGACAGACGAACAAGCUGAAGAAAUAAUGGCUCAAUUACAUGAAAUUGAUUUGAAAUUAGAAGAGUUUGAAAACAAAAAGAAUGAGUUAAAGAAACAGUAUGAAGAAGCCCGUGAUAGUGAUCCAAACUACCAAAAACAAUUGACCCAAAUUCACGAAGAAGAAGAGAAGCAAAAACAAAAAGAAGCUGAACAUGGUGGUGAUGAAAAGAAAAAGUCGCAUCAUAAACAAAUACAUGGUCCUUAUAGAUUAAUGAGAUUGUUACCUCAUGCAGCUCGUCCAAUCAUUUCCAGAAUGUUAGAGGUUGAUCCUAAGAAAAGAGCUACCAUGGAAGAAGUUAUGGAAGAUGAAUUUAUAAAAGGAAUAACCAGCUGUACUGUCAAACAAGAUAUUGAUGGCUGCGAAGAAGAAGUAAUCAAAGGUAGUCCUCCUCAUGAGCAUACAAUCGUAUAA